GCAAAUCCUCUGACGAUAAGGCAGAGUGGCCGCUUUGAGACGUAUCCAAGAAAAAGUUUACGUACUUUUCUCGACGUAGACGCCAUGUAAUGUAUGCUGUGUGUUUACUGUACUACGCAAAUCUCACUUGGGGGCUGAUGCGGUGGCUGCAGUCAGCUGUGCGCCUAAUCUUAUCAUGACAAACAAGUAAUGAAUGGCAAAAAACACCUCAACGAUGGAGGGAAUACUAUAUAAAUGGACCAAUUACAUCAGCGGAUGGCAACCUCGAUGGUUUGUGCUUGACGGUGGAACUUUGUCCUAUUAUGAUUCUCAAGAGGAUGCUUGGAAAGGCUGCAAGGGGAGCAUUAAAAUCUCUGUUUGUGAAAUUCAAGUUCAUUCGUCUGACUCUACACGGCUUGAUCUGACAAUACCUGGAGAGCAGUACUUCUACCUGAGAGCCAUCAAUGCAGCAGAGAGGCAAAAAUGGCUUGUUGCUCUGGGAACAGCAAAAGCUUGCCUGACAGACAACCGAACAAAAAGAGAGAAGGAACUCCAAGAGAACACAGAAGCACUAAAGACAAAGAUGUCCGAGCUCAGGUUGUACUGUGACCUUCUUCUUCAACAAGUGAACAAAAUCAAGGACGAUGACGGCGAGCUUGGUGGCGCGACAGAAAGCGGCAUCGAAACGGGCGACAUGGUGAAGUCGACGUGCAGCACUUUCCUCAAGACCCUCGAGGAGUGCAUGCAGAUCGCAAAUCGCACUUUCACGCCAGAUGCGUCCAAGCAGAGCCCGCCGGCGUCGCCUCCCGUCGCCGCCAUCAAGCCGCAGAAGAUGAAGCCCCUCAAUCAGGUGAAUCGGCGCCUCGGAGAAAAGUGGAGAGAGUCAGAAACAGAGGUGAUGUCACAUGACACCCGCAGCCUCGACUCCGGCGCGGAUGAACCAGACGGACCAGAACGACAACCUUCCCCUCCAAACAUGCACGCCGCCAACGGCGACAGCUCGAUCAAGGAGGAGCGAGCCGAUCCUCUUCCUCCUGCAUCCCAUAUUACUGCUCAGGGUAAAGGCUCAGCAGAAGACCAGGAGGAAAAGGAGACUCGUGAAGGAGACCAAAGCGUGGAAAGCGGCGGCGAGGGGCCUCAGAAGGAAACACUUCCUGACGGAGAUGAGGAGGUUGACUGUGAAGAAGAGAUUUUCAAGGAUUCGAAUGAGAAUGAGGAAGUGGAGACUUUUUUCACCACAAUGAGUCACAGAUUUAGUGAUAUAAAGCUGGAUGAGGACAAUGGCAUCCCCACGCAAGAGUUUUUGGACUCAUGCUAUGCAAUAGUGCCUGUAUUAGACAAACUUGGCCCAACUGUCUUUGCUCCAGUCAAAAUGGACUUUGUGGGAAACAUCAAGAAGAUCAAUCAGAAGCUAAUGUCGGACCCGGACAGCUUCCCUACGCUGCAGUCCAUCGUCCUGCACGAGAUUGACGCGCAGGUGGCCCAGGUGCGCAACUCGGCCACCGAGGCUCUGCUCUGGCUCAGGCGGGGCCUCAAGUUCCUCAAGGAGUUCCUGAUGCAGGUCAACACGGGGGAGCAAGACAUCCACGGAGCCCUCAAUCACGCUUACGGCAAGACUCUUCGCCAAUAUCACGGAUGGGUGGUCCGGGGAGUUUUUGCGUUGGCCCUGCGAGCCGCUCCGUCCUAUCAGAGCUUCACGGCCGCCUUGGUGACGACAGAAGGCGACGAGCUGAAGAGCGGCUUCAUCAGCGGCAUGCACAGAGAUCUCGACGUCUACCUGCCCGCCAUGGACAGUCUACUGGCCAUCCUGGACGCCCUCUAUGAGGAGUACAACCUGGAGUCCGACGAGGUGGUCUAAAAGGCGACCCACGCUCGUUUCCAGACUGAAGUUUCAAGACUGAGUCUGCACUGAGGAGCUUUCAGCAUCAACAAUGAAGUGUAGUUUUUAGUGUAGUCUUUUUAAAAAAAAAAAAAAAAAAAAAAAAUCCAUACAAACACUACAAGCUUGAUUUCUAAGCUUGAAAUGAAAGGUUUGAAUGUACAUGGAAACAAAAUCAAUGUCAGUGUUUGUAUUAUAAAUUAACUAGGUGAUUUUUGCCUAGUCGACUUUUUAACAUUCUAACUUGCCAACGCUGCACUGUUUGUUUAGUAACAAAAGUCAAUUUUUUUUCUUGACUCUAAGAGGGACCAUGGAGGAAGGUUUUAGCACCACAACACUGGAGAACUAAAUAAAUAUUCAUGUAGAGCGUGGCUAUAAACACUCAACAAGCCAAUGCAUAAUAUGCAUUUUCUAGGUUUAUUUAUUUUAUCUUAAGUUAUAAACAUGUCAUUAGUUUCAUCUCAUCUAAAGAGUUACAGUAACAUGCCGCCUUGAAUGAAGUGACUCAAUAAACCUGUUUCAUGUCGCGGAAAAAAAUGUGCUGAUCUCAUCCGUCCAUAUACGAUGUCAUCAUGAUACUACUGUGCUAACUUAUUACUUAGAAACCAGUGAAACUUUUUUAAGACCUUGUUAUAAUUGUUUUUUUUUGUUUGUUUUUUUGUUUUUUAUGCCUACAAUAAACUUCCACAAAUCAAAAUAUGGUUGCGGAUAUGUGCAAAUGUUAAUCACGUAAAUUAUAUACAAGUAUUUGAUUGCUUUUUGGUAUCUAUAGAAAUAUUUGAUAUGUAUUCAAUAAACAUAAUUGAGUUGU